AUGCCAGUUGCGCCAGAAGAAGACGAAACCGAGCAACCUGAUGAUGCGUCUCAUCCCCACGAGUCCAAUGCCACAGUGGAUCGAAUCCAGGAAUUACAGACCACAUCGGAAGAAAUCUUGGGCGAGGAAGUCAUUCCAAUGCUGAAAGAGUGCAUGAAGAAGGUUGAUGGCUUUAAUGACCGUCGCAAUGGAGCAUUGAUCCACCUUAAGGACGACCUCCAAGCCCAGGCUUCGCAAAUGGAGGAGUGGCACAAGACGGUUCUCGACGGCAUCUGUUUGCAGACCAAGACGCUCCAGAAAAGCAUGCACGAACGGACUAGCAAGAUCACGUCACGUAUCUUCAGUCUGGAAUCCUUUUGUCGCGACUUGCAAAAUAGAAAGGAUGCCGACCAACAGAUGCGGAUGAUCGCCAACCUACAGGCAGAGCAGGCUAAGCUUCGAAACGAUAUCAAAACCCUCCUUAAAGCCAUGGUCACGCAUGUCAACAAAGAUGACGAUGACGACAGUUCUUCUGGAGAAUCUUCGUCCUCGUCUUCUUCCUCGUCCUCCGGUUGGUCUUCCCACAGCGAUGGAAGCAUCCCGAGCGACGUGACUAUAUAUCCCCCCAGGGAGCCCAAAGCAAUGCCAGCGAAGAACACAGAAAGGAAACCGGCCAAGACGGCGACAAAGACCGGAGCAAAGCAGGCGUCAAAGACAGCGAAAAAGACUGAAGGAAAGCCCAGCGCUAAGCCGGCACCAAAACCAGCAAAGGCCUCUUCCGCGAGGAAACUGGCAAUGCCGGAAGACUCGGAGAGAAGCCUCUGCUCCACGGUUGACUCCCUCAUUCUUUACGGAUUUCAUGACGAAACCGAUGGCGAAGCCGCAGAUGCCGUUGCAAAAAUGAUGGAUGCCGCCAAGGCCAAAGCUGCCGCCAAAACGCGAAAGGGGGCUGCCAAGUUCACCGGCAAGAGCAGGAACUUCAAGACCAUCGACAAGAAAACCCUUGAAGAUUUCCGUAGUGCGAUUCGCCGUGAAAGCCAAAGAGCACGAAGCACGAGAUUUGCUACAACCCGUGUCGUCCCCCAGAAAACUGUCAAGGGUGCUUGGGGGACUGAGUGA